GAGCCCACUGUGAUCGACGAGGUUCGGGCUGGAAUCUACCGCCAGCUCUUCCACCCCGAGCAGCUGAUCACGGGCAAGGAGGAUGCUGCAAACAACUACGCCCGCGGGCACUACACCAUCGGCAAAGAGAUCAUCGACCAAGUGCUGGACGGNAUCACGGCGUCACUGCGGUUUGACGGGGCCCUGAACGUCGACCUGACCGAGUUCCAGACCAACCUGGUGCCCUACCCGCGCAUCCACUUCCCCCUGGCCACCUACGCCCCCGUGGUUUCAGCCGAGAGAGCUUAUCAUGAGCAGCUUUCGGUGGCCGAGAUCACCAACUCCUGCUUUGAGCCAGCCAACCAGAUGGUGAAGUGCGACCCUCGCCACGGCAAGUACAUGGCCUGCUGCCUGCUGUACCGCGGGGACGUGGUGCCCAAGGACGUCAACGCCGCCAUCGCCACCAUCAAGACUAAGCGCAGCAUCCAGUUUGUGGACUGGUGCCCCACGGGCUUCAAGGUGGGCAUCAACUACCAGCCGCCCACGGUGGUGCCGGGGGGGGACCUGGCCAAGGUGCAGCGCGCCGUCUGCAUGCUGAGCAACACGACGGCCAUCGCCGAGGCCUGGGCUCGCCUGGACCACAAGUUUGACCUGAUGUACGCCAAGCGAGCCUUCGUGCACUGGUACGUGGGCGAGGGCAUGGAGGAAGGGGAGUUCUCCGAGGCGCGGGAAGACAUGGCCGCUCUGGAGAAGGAUUACGAGGAGGUGGGCCUGGACUCCUAUGAGGACGAAGAGGAGGGCGAGGAGUAGAGAAGCCCCUGCCAAAAAGGACCGUGCUCCUUCCCCGUGUUACCUGCAGAAAUCCUUUGCAAUAAACCGUUUCAGAGCCUCCGUGUCUCCCACUAACCCCCCAGCCGUAUCGGUUUCUUGCCAGGUCAGGUGUGUGGUGAGUGCUUCAGCUCUGCUGCUGGUGCUGCUAUGCUUCCUCCCAGCGCUCUGCUCCAACUCCGGCUUGCUCCCCACGCAGGUAAGAGCCCUUGGGACCGUGGCACACAUCCCACCCCGCUCGCUGCUCCAGCCAGGGGUGGGUACUGCUUCCUCGUGUGGUAUAUGGCCCCGCGUUGUAUCCUGGAGCCCAGAGGAGCAGAUUUAGCCUGGGCAGGAAAAAAUCCGCAGCUGCUGGGACUCUUCCCACAUGCAGCCAGAGGGUAGGUGGGCUUGUCUGGAAGGAGAGUGGUUGAAGCAGUGGGAGCAGCCUGGCACCCCUGUCCUUGUGGCCACGGCGCAGGACAAGGGGCAUGCCUGGCUCUGCAGUGCAGCAGGUGCACCCCACAAGGACCUCCAGCAUGGCAUGAACCCCCGCAGCUGCUUUUCUGCUGUGUUGUGGUGAGAGGAUUAAAGGAGGGGAACCCUCCCUGUGAAACCGUU